AGUCCAUCUGUCUGUAUAUAGCUAGCUAGUCCCACUGGUUUUAAGAUACCGCUCUGAAAACUUGCACGAGAAAUCCGUUGGGUGGAGUAGACGCAAUGAAGCAACUGUCACACUACGUGUGUAAUUUCAUGAAAAAUAAACAGUUUUUCAACAGCGUUUAUAUAAAAUUAAAUAAUAAUUUAUAUGAAACUGCACUUUGGCAUAAUAUAAUGAUUUCACAAAUUUUUCUCCACUACCCUAAUGUACAGAUAUUCCAGUAACUACAUACAUAUAUAAAUAAAUAUCAAUCUAUUUUUCACAUGUGGAUAGAUAACCGUAUGCAUACGGUAUGCAGUUUUGUUGUGCCCGACAACGACUUCUGGAAAUAAAGAAAAAAAAAAAAAUAACAAAACAAAGCCGGUGUUUAUUACAAAGUGUUUACCAGCUAUAUACUGUUGCUCAAUUUAGUAUACGCUCACAUUUCGUGGUGAACAGUUAAUAAAAAUUUAAUCAACUGUUUCGCUAAAUUCAACUUAGUACAUAAAUUUUAAAAAUACUUAACAUGGAGCGUUGGUCAAAUUGCACAGCUGUUGUCACUGGUGCCAGUUCGGGCAUUGGCCUCGCCAUUGCUAAGGACUUGUUGAAGGCGAAUAUGCGCGUAGCCGGUUUGGCUAGACGCAAGGAACGCAUGGACGAAUGGCGUGCAACAUUGUCCGCGGAUCAGCAAAAGCGUUUUCAUCCCGUCAGUUGUGAUGUAACCUCACUGGAGUCGGUUAAUGAAGCAUUCGAUUGGGUUAUCAAGAAUUUGAGCGGUGUCGAUGUGUUGAUCAAUAAUGCUGGUAUUUACAAUGCCGGACAAGCUACCGAAAUGGAUCCGGCCGCUUUGCAACAAGUAUUGCAUACAAAUGUCAUGGGUGUGGUCUAUUGUACGCAACGAGCUUUCCGUUCAAUGAAAGAUCGCAGUGUUGACGGGCAUGUAGUGAUCAUUAAUAGUGUCAUGGGUCAUUAUGUGCCACAUAGUGAACCACACACGUCGCCAAAUUCCAAUUUGUAUGCGCCAAGUAAAUAUGCGUUGACCGCUUUAACGGAGGUAUAUCGUCAGGAGUUCAGAGGACUUGGUACCAGAGCUAAAAUCACUAGUGUCAGUCCCGGCUUAACCGAUACCGAUAUUGUGGCUGCACGCUCGCGUGGCGGCAAAAAACCUAUUCUACAACCAGAAGAUAUUUCCAGCUGUGUAUUAUUUACACUCUCAACACCAGUUCAUAUGCAAGUUCAUGAGAUAACUGUGAAGCCAAUGUUAGGCGAAUAGAAUGCAAAUAGAUAUUAAAGCUGUGCUCAAAGCUAUUCGCUCGUAUAGACAUUAAAAUAUAAAUAAUAUGUGUAUAUAUAAUAUUUUUAAAACAAAUUAAGGUGGUUCUUGGGCUUCAUAGUCCAUAUAUUCUGAUUUCUUAAUUUAUAUAGAAUAUAAUUUUGAAAUAUUUCCCAAGCUUAAAUAAUAAAUUAAAUAACUGUAGUAUAUCAAAUAUUAUAUAAUAUUAUACAUACAAUAAAAACGGUAUAAAGCCAACCA